AUGAGCCUCGAAAUAAUUAACACUGUGGACAAACUAACGCUUUCAGAUCAAAUAGAACAAGAGAAAAUAAGCUUAAAUCUUCUCAGGCAGACAAACUGCAAACUAGAAGAAUCCAUCGACAUUUUAGAGGACCAGCUGGCUUCAAUUGAAGAUGAAGAUAAUGAGUGGAAGACGAGAUAUUUAAUUCAGAAAGAGAUGAAUGACUACUACAAAAGGGCAUUCUUUUUUUGCGAUCAGCAAAUACCGAAGGCAAAAGCACUUCAACGAACAAUAAACCGUGCUGUUAGAAGGGGCUCAAAAUUAUCUAGCUACAUGGAUCUUGACGAAGAUUCGGUUCAAGAACUGGAGGAUUAUCGUACGUACAUAAAUAAAUUAUGUCGCGAGCUGGAAUCGAGGAUCGAUCAGGAGGGAAAGGCUUAUUACUGGGCUACAGAAAUUCGAAAACGAGCACUCAUUGAAUUAAACUAUACAUAUAUACCAGCACCAGUAAGUAAGCAUCCUGUGGAGAAGAAAGAAGAUGAAAGUGAUAAACUAGUGAGGAAGAUACAGUAG